UCAAAGGUUACGUGAGAUGGCGGCGCCCGGCGGCCGUUGAGGCGUGACGCGCAGCAUGGCGGCGGCGGCGCUGACUCGGCUGGGGCGACGGCUGACGGGGCCGAGGCCGGGGCCGGGGCCGGGGCCGGGCCCUGGGCAGCGCGGGCACUGGACAGCGGCCCGGCGCUCCCGGAGCCGACGCGAGGCGGCCGAGGCCGAGGCGGCGGCGCCGGUGCUGCAGUAUGUGGGCGAGCGCGCUGCCCGAGUGGACCGCAUCUUCGUGUGGGGCUUCAGCUUCUCGGGGGCGCUGGGCGUGCCCGGCUUCGUGCUGCCCCGCGUCGCGCCCGCCACGCGCGCCCGCCCGCCGCGCCGCCGGGUGCAGCCGGUGCCCUACCGCCUGGAGCUGCCGCAGAGGAUUUCCUCUGCGGCCUGUGGCUAUGGAUUCACGCUGCUGUCCUCCAGAACCAAGGAUGUCACCAAGGUGUGGGGCAUGGGGCUCAACAAGGACUCGCAGCUGGGGUUUCAAAGGAGCCACAGAGACAAAGCCAGGGGCUAUGAGUAUGUUCUGGAGCCCUCGCCCAUCCCGCUGCCGCUGGACCGGCCUCAGGAGACCCGGGUACUGCAGGUGUCCUGCGGCAGGGCCCACUCCCUGGUCCUGACCGACAGCGAGGGAGUCUUCAGCAUGGGGAACAACGCCUACGGCCAGUGUGGACGGAAGGUCGUGGAGGACGAGAUCUACAGUGAAAGCCACAAGAUCCACAGGAUGCAGGACUUCGAUGGACGGGUGAUCCAGGUGAGCUGCGGUCAGGACCACAGUCUCCUCACGGAUCGAGGAGAGGUCUACUCUUGUGGAUGGGGCGGCCGACGGGCAGGACAGGUGGGUCUGGGUCACUACGACAUCACCAGCGUGCCCACCAAGCUGGGAGGGGACCUUGCCGGAGUGAAGGUCGUGCAGGUCGCCACCUACGGGGACUGCUGCCUGGCCGUGUCGGCAGAUGGCGGCCUCUUUGGCUGGGGGAACUCUGAGUACCUGCAGCUGGCCUCGGUGACCGAGUCCACACAGGUGAAUGUGCCACGGUGCCUGCCCUUCUCGGGCGUGGGGACUGUGAAGCAGGCGGCGUGCGGUGGCACGGGCUGUGCCAUAUUGAAUGGGGACGGCCACGUCUUUGUCUGGGGCUACGGCAUCCUGGGGAAAGGCCCACACCUGGUGGAAAGUGCCCUUCCGGAGCGGAUCCCGCCCACACUCUUCGGCUCCACGGAGUUCAGCCCUGACGCCCAGGUCUCCCUCAUCCGCUGCGGACUUGGCCACUUUGCUGCCCUUUCCAACAAAGGCCAGCUGUUCGUGUGGGGCAAGAACCUCCGCGGGUGCCUGGGGAUUGGCCGCCUGGAAGACCAGUACUUCCCCUGGAGGGUGACAAUGCCUGGCCAGCCUGUGGAUGUGGCCUGUGGCGUGGAUCACAUGGUGACCCUGGCAAAGUCCUUCAUCUGACCUACCUGACCCUCCCAAGGCUGGCCCUGGCCCCCGGAGCAUGGGACAGCUCAGCAGAGGCACGGACGCCGCGGCUGGCGGAGCUCUGGACGGCGCUGGAGGCACAGGACGGCUGUCCAGGGAGGCUCAGCCCUCAGGACGUGUUUGGCCUCAGGUGGUGGCCUGCCAGGAUCCAGGGCCCAGCAGGGCUGUGGGUUUGUAUCUGAGUGACCACGCGUGAGCCUCGGCCUGGGCAGCUUAUCCAGGAGGCAGGUGGGCUCUGGCCCGAAGCUUCUGCUGGAUCUUCCUGUGCCUGUACCUGCCCUGGUCAUGGCCACGCUGAGCCCGAUGGGACUGUGGAGCAGCCCACAGACCUGGACUGGGCGGCCCAGAGGAGGUCAGCAGUCAUGGAGAACAGUCGCUUAGUGACGACCGGGCUUUUCCUUUAAAAGCAACAUUUACGAAUGUUUUUUGGAAUAAAGUCUAUUUUCUGCCUUUCUGAG